ACGCCGCCACCGCCACCACCGCAACCGUCUCCGCUUCCUCCUCCUCCUCCCCGUCGUGUUCGCGCGCGACUUCCGUGACCCACCUCCGCCGCCUCUCGACUCCUCCACUCUAUAUCUCGAGCCCUAGAAAAACCCUAGCUCCAGCCACUAUCUCCACUAGCCUACGUCCAAGGUCGUCUUCGUCGUCGUCUCCGUCUCGAGCGGCCGGGCGCGAUCGAUGGCGUCGAGCUGCACCAUGGUGCCGGCGGAUUUGGUGGAGGAGAAGGCGGCGGCGGCGGCGGUGGAGGAGGAUGCGGGGAGUUACCUGCGCGCCGACCAGGUGGAUCUCAUGAGCCUGGACUUCGAGAUCGAGGAGAGGAUGGCCGACAGGUUCCGCAAGCUCAACAGCGGCGGCGUGGAGCGCGGCGACGAGGGGCCCAAGGCCGCGUGGGAGAUCGACCUCUCCAAGCUGGAGAUCGGCCACGUCGUCGAGCACGGCGACCACGGCACGCUCUUCCGCGGGAAGUACUACAGCCAGGACGUCGCAGUGAAACUGUUGGAUUGGGGCGCAGAGGGCGAUUCAUCUGAAGACCAAAUAGCUCAUUUUAGAACAUCACUUAAGGAGGUGGUUGCUGUUUGGCAUGAGUUCAACCAUCCGAAUAUCACAAAGUUCAUCGGCGCAUCGAUGGGUACAACAAACCUUAAUAUUCCAAAAGAUAUUCCAGACCACAGUUCCAGGAAGGGUGCACGCACUGAUCUGCCUGACAGAGCAUGCUGUGUUGUGGUAGAAUAUCUCACUGGGGGCACAUUGAAACAGCAUCUCAUAAAGCAUUACAGGAAGAACAAGAAGCUUCUAUAUGAAGAGGUGGUUCGGCUUGCAUUGGAUUUGGCCAGAGGAUUGAGCUUCCUGCACUCAAAAAAGAUUGUGCAUCGGGAUGUCAAAAGUGAGAACAUGCUACUUGACCCACAGCUGAACCUUAAGAUUGCUGAUUUUGGUGUUGCUCGUCUCGUUGAGGCUCAGGAUCCCAAGGAUUUGACACGCACGACUGGAACACUUGGUUACAUGGCCCCAGAGGUGCUUGAUGGAAAGCCAUACAACAGAAAGUGCGAUGUUUACAGUUUCGGCAUCUGCCUAUGGGAGACAUACUGCUGUGAUAUGCCCUAUGGACCCUACUCAGACCUCAGCUUUGCAGACUUCUCAUCGUUUGUUGUCCAUAAGAAUUUGCGACCGGAGAUCCCGGACUGCUGCCCGAGCGCAAUGGCGAGCAUCAUGCGGAGAUGCUGGGACGCCAACCCGGAGGUCCGGCCCGAGAUGGAGGAGGUGGUGCGCCUCCUCGAGUCCCUGGACACGAGCAAUGGCGGCGGCAUGUUGCUGGAGAAGAAGAAGAAGAAGCAUCCCGGCGGUGGAUGCUUCUGCUUCUUCGUACCCCGCGCCGCGUAGGAACCAUCCAUUCACGUCAAUGCUUCCAUCUUAAUCAGAAUCAUGUGCUCCUCUUCCUGUGUAAACUUGAUUAGGCAGUUUAGGAGUAUUAUUGUUGGAUCCUGGCACCAACAAAAAGCAAGCGUCACGUCAGUGUGUUUAGUUGUCUUUGUUUUUUUUUCUUCUUCCACGAGAUAGAUGAGAAUUAGAUUAGCUACGGUUUCCUUGCUUUGAGAUAUUAGCAUUGAAGCAAGGAUUGGUAAUUUGGAUCCAUGAAUGGUGUUGGGAUAUUGGCAUUAAAGCAAGGAUUGGUGAGUUGGAUCCAUGAAAGGUAUUGGUUGAUUGAUUUCCACGUGGAAUAUUUUA